AUGCCCAAGGAACCCAAGGCCUCAAAGGCUUCCAAGCCUAUCAAGCCCAAGAAGAUCACGGCUAUCGCCAUGCCCAAGCGUCCCGGUACUUCCUGGAACAUGUUCUUCCGCGAGCACAUGGAGCGUGUCAAGGCCUCCGGAAAGCCCGUUGUCCCCACCGUCGAGGGUGCCGUUGCUGCCGAGCUCUGGAAGAACCUUGGCGCCGACGAGAAGCAGGCCUACCAAGACAGAUACCGCGCCAACUUUGAGGCUUUCAAGCAGGAGACCAAGGACCGUCUCGAGGAGAUGACCCCUGCCGAGUACAAGCUCGAGAACCAGCGCCGCGCCCAGUUGCGCGAGUCUGGCAAGAAGGGUCUCCCCUCGCUCAAGGACCCCAACGCACCCAAGCGCCCUCUCUCCAACUUCUUCCUCUACGCCAAGGACUUGCGUGAGUCUGGCAAGUAUGCCCACUUGAACCUCAAGGAGCAGUCCCAGGCCUUUGCCGAGAACUGGAAGAACCUCGCCGAGCCCGAGAAGACCCGCUACACCGACAAGAACCGCAUUGCUAUGGAGGCCUACAAGAUCGAGAAGGCUGCCUACGAUGCCCAGGCUACUGCUUAA